AGAGCCGGGAGAUUACGGGGCGGGGACGAGCUGUCGCGCUCGGGGGCUCGUGGAGGAGCGGGACCCCGAACGUACCGGCGCGGGAGAGAGGCGACCCCAGCCCCGGAUUCGCGACCCGGAGCUCGGGACUGGGCUCAGUGUGGACGCGUAUCCGUUCCAGUCCCGCAGCCAGAAGUCCGCGGGGCCCGGAUGACGGUCUGGUUGCUCGGAGCCGGGUAGAGACACGGCCAAUCCGGCUCCGUGGGGGAGAAGUCUCCAGCGGUGAACAGAGAGCCCGGUGAGCUGAGGGCACCAUGGCCACGUCAGCCCCACUGCGGAGCCUGGAAGAGGAGGUGACCUGCUCCAUUUGCCUUGAUUACCUGCGGGACCCUGUGACCAUCGACUGUGGCCACGUCUUCUGCCGCAGCUGCACCACCGAUGUCCGCCCUGUUUCCGGGGGCCGCCCCGUCUGCCCGCUCUGCAAGAAGCCUUUCAAGAAGGAGAACAUCCGGCCUGUGUGGCAGCUGGCCAGCCUGGUGGAGAACAUCGAGCGGCUGAAGGUCGACAAGGGCCGGCAGCCAGGUGAGGGGGCCCAGGAGCAGCAGGACACACGGCUGUGCGAGCGGCACCAGGAGAAGCUGCACUACUACUGUGAGGACGACGGCAAGCUGCUGUGCGUGAUGUGCCGGGAGUCCCGAGAGCACCGGCCCCACACGGCCGUCCUCGUGGAGAAGGCCGCCCUGCCCCACAGGGAGAAAAUCCUGAACCACCUGAGCACCCUAAGGAGAGACAGAGACAAAAUUCAGGGCUUUCAGGCGAAGGGAGAAGCUGAUAUCCUGGCUGCAUUGAAGAAGCUGCAGGACCAGAGGAAGUACAUCGUGGCGGAGUUUGAGCAGGGCCAGCAGUUCCUGAAGGAGCGGGAGCAGCACCUGCUGGAGCAGCUGGCGAAGCUGGAGCAGGAGCUUGUGGAGGGCCGGGAGAAGUACAAGACCCGGGGCGUCGGGGAGCUCGCCCGCCUGGCACUGGUCAUCUCGGAGCUGGAAGGCAAGGCACGGCAGCCGGCAGCAGAGCUCAUGCAGGACACCAGAGACUUCCUGAACAGGUAUCCACGGAAGAAGUUCUGGAUUGGGAAGCCCAUUGCCCGGGUGGUUAAGAAAAGGACUGGCGAAUUCUCAGACAAGCUCCUGUCUCUGCAGCGAGGCCUGAGGGAAUUCCAAGGGAAGCUGCUGAGAGACUUGGAGUAUAAGACAGUGAGCGUCACCCUGGACCCACAGUCGGCCAGUGGCUACCUGCAGCUGUCAGAGGACUGGAAGUGUGUGACCUACAGCAGCCUGUACCAGAGUGCCUACCUGUACCCCCAGCAGUUUGACUGUGAGCCAGGGGUGCUGGGCAGUAAGGGCUUCACCUGGGGCAAGGUCUACUGGGAAGUGGAGGUGGAGAGGGAGGGCUGGUCUGAGGACGAAGAGGAGGGCGAUGAGGAAGAAGAGGGAGAGGAGGAGGAAGAGGAGGAGGAGGCUGGCUAUGGGGACGGCUACGAUGACUGGGAAACCGACGAGGACGAGGAGUCCCUGGGUGAGGAGGAAGAGGAGGAGGAGGAGGAGGACGAGGAAGUUGUGGAGAGCUGCAUGGUGGGAGUGGCCAGAGACUCUGUGAAGAGGAAGGGGGACCUCUCCCUGCGGCCCGAGGACGGGGUGUGGGCGCUGCGCCUGUCCUCCUCAGGCAUCUGGGCCAAUACCAGCCCCGAGGCCGAGCUCUUCCCCGCGCUGCGGCCCCGAAGAGUGGGCAUCGCCCUGGAUUAUGAAGGGGGUACCGUGACAUUCACCAACGCGGAGUCACAGGAACUCAUCUACACCUUUACUGCCACCUUCACCCGGCGCCUGGUCCCCUUCCUGUGGCUCAAGUGGCCAGGAACACGCCUCCUGCUGAGACCUUGAGCUUUGACACCUGCCCAUGGCCACAUCCACAGAUGCUUUACUUCUCAGAUUCCAGAACUCUCUGACGGGGGUGCGGUGGGGGUGGGAGCCUGGCCAGAGCACCUGGAGCAAGGGAGACUGGGGACUGGACCUCCCCUCCCCCGACUUCCCCAUGGUGGGGGCCCCAUGAGGCCUCAGUGCUGUUGCUGCAUCUGUCCUGCCCCAUCUGGUUCUUCCUCCCGCUGGUUUCCUGUGGGCGUCUCAGGCUCCCUUCCUCCCCGCAGCCCUUUCCUUUGGGUUGUGCACUCUCUUGUUGACUGCCAGGCCGAGGCAGCACUGUCUUGCCCAGGAAGGCAGCCUGUGCCAGGUGGGCCGGUGAGACCACUCGGUCCUGCCUGAGAGCACUGUGCUGUCUCCGAGUCCCUCUGGGUCCCCUGGCCCAGAGCCACUCAGUGCCCACCUUCCCUGGCGUUUAGCAGACCCGGCACCCCCACAUACCUGAAAAUGCUGAAAGUAAGCAGGAUGCAAGGUCACGGGGGCUUCCCUGGCCUGUGGGGGGGGGGGGGCUAUCAUCGCCCCACGAGAUCCAGAGAGCAGGCUCCAUGCUUCUCUGAAACCAGGGCUGAGCUAGGAGGCUCCUGUAGCUAAGGAGGAGGGGCUCUGGCAAUGAUCUGUGGCCAAAAGACUGUCUCUGUGUAAGGGUCCUCGUGAGGGGAGGUUUCUCAAGAAUCCAAAGUCCCAGGAACUCAAGUUCCUGUUGAUCAGCGCAUCUGAAAACAACAGGGCAGACACCCAGUAGAGCAGCCCCCUCUGACUGUUCUCUGCUGAGCUGUCGUCCCCUAGCCUUACUCAGCUGCCAGGUUCCUCUUCCUGGAGAGGGAAGGUGGUGGUGUGGGGCGAGGGGAGGCAGGAGUCCUCAGGAGCCCACCAGGUCUUCUUGUCAAAGGAGGAACCAAAAUUUCCGCAUUAACCAUAGAUCCCACCCAAGCCCCGGCCUUUGUCCAGGUGCCCCGAGGGCCCCGCAGUUUACAGCGGGCUCCCUGCUCCAGCAAAAGCAAUGUCCCAGUCUUUGUUCUUAGCCAUUCCGAGUGCUCUGCCAGUCCCCUGCUUAUCCAGGUUUUUAAUUCCUGUGCCCUGCUCCCCACUGCUGUGGUUCCAUGGCCACCGCAUGUGUCAAGAGUUGCCACUUUGUACAUAUCACAUGCUGCCUGAGUCCCUGGUACAUCUUUUGCCUCUAGUUUUGUAAGCUCCUGGAGGGCGGCUGCCAUCUCUUAGACUUUUCUUGUACUAUUCUUGGCACCUAGUGCAGUGCUGGGCACAGAGUAGGUGCUCAAUAAAGAUUUAUUGAAUGAAUGGCCUGGAGCGAGAGAUGUGUGUAUACAGAUGUAAGUAUUUUUAUUAUAACAGGUGUCACCAGGAUUUCUCAGCCUGGCCACAAAGCUUCCAUUGCUAGCAGUAGCCCUGAGUUUCUUCUUUCUGGAAUUCUGGUGUUCUCUGUCCUCUGCCAACAUGCAGUUCCUUCUAGAAGCUGCCAGAGAAGAGCCUCCCCUGGGACGCUGACGAGGUACUGGCAUGGCUCCAUGUGGCUUCCUCUCCCACCGUGGUGCCCUGAGCUGAGAUCCUGCAUCUGGAGCAUGGGAUGGCUCCUUGAGAAGGGUGACAUCCAGCCUGGCACACCCACAGUCCACAGCGCCCCAAGGAAGAGGGAGUGGAAGCUAACGAGGCUUCCACAGCUGGGAGAUGGGGCUCCCUGGAAGGAUCCAGAGCCUGUGACUUUGGAGCGACAGCCAUGACCCAUGGCCAGUAAGUUAUCUCUGUGGAUUGGUUCUUGUGAGAGGUGUUUUUAAAAGACUCCAAAGGAAAUAUCUGCAGAGAUUCAAUCUUGUCCCCACACAGUUAGCUAACCAUUUCUUACUCUAGCUGGUUUCUUAAAAUUGCCAUCUUAAAGAUGGGAAAGGGAGGAUUAUACAGAACUACCUCUAGGUUUAUACUAGUAACAAAGCAUAUUUCUUGUACUCUCAUCUGGGGGCUUGUUUAAAUUUUCUCUUAUUUCCUGUUUUCAUGCUGUUUCGUUUUGCACAAACUAUAGCUGCACAUAUCGUUAACUAUUCCUACAGUGCUUAUUACCAAAAAAAGAAAGAAAGAAAAAAAAAAAAGCACAGUUCCCUGUCCCGCCCUCUUCCCCAGCUGGCUGCCCUGGUGUUUCCUCAGUAACCUGAGUUUGGGCGUUAGCCCCUGAUUUCCAGGGUACCCAGCUUUCUGUUCACUGCAUUGCCCACCACACUCAUGCUCCCCACUCUUUCCUUCAGUGUGGUUUUAACACUGAUGAAACAGGUAUUCAGCAUCAGCGUUGCUAAGUCCAGGUAGAAGCUGUUUACUCCUGGGCUACGCAUAAGGGCAUGCUUCCUUUUCCUUUGUGAACAAUGUUUUGUCUUCUCAGGAGUUGCUAAUUGCCUCCUCUCCCACACUUUUGCAGUGUUUCCUACAUCUUUAUUGCUACUGAACCACAAAGUCACGUUGUCAGGCAUCUGAAAUGUUCAGUGUAGCCUUGGUGCAUCUCUCCUGAAGCCCAAGGCCUCGAAUCUGAGGGAGUUGCUGCCGCACCGUGCAGCUUCCUGCACCUCCCUUCCCCGUCAUCAUGGGGGCCCUGCAUGGAUGCUGCGUCUUGAGCCUGUGUUUUCCCUCUUAAUGCACAUCGCCCUGGUGAAGCGUCACUCACUGGCUUCCUGGAAGACUGCGCAGAGGUUGAUUUUUUUUUUUUUAAAUAAAAUUUCGGCUAUCUGGAAAUACUUUAUGCCAUUUUCAUAUUCAUUGGGUUCAGGAUUCUUGGUUGCAGAUGAUUCUUUAGACUUUUGGAAGGCACUGCACCACUGCCUCCUGGCAUCUGUUACUGCUGUUGACAAUUCUGGCGGGACACCUUGACUCCCGACCCUUUGUAUCUGGCCUGUUGCUUGUUUCUGAUGGACUAGGGUUUUAUUUUCCUCUUCCUCUUGAUUUUUUAUGAGGUUUCCCUGCAUCAGGCUGAUUAACUCAGUGGGCCCAUUCAUUCUUCUUGAAGUAUUUCUUGACGAUUUUUCUUUCCUCUCAAACAUGUUAUUUGCAGCCUUCCUACAUCUCUGAAAUCUACUUACUGAGUGCCUGUGGUGUGCUAGCAUAUUUCUAGGGUAAGGCAGAGAGUAGAUUAGCCAAGUUCCUAUACUCAUGGAGCUUAUGUGCCAGCAGAGAGUGAUGGGCAACAAGCUAAAAUAAAAAAUAAAACAGCAGUUUGCACUAUACAAAGAGCCAGAACAGGACUGUGAUGGAGGGACUCGGUGUCCUCUGGGACAACGGCAGUAAAGCUGAGUGGUGAGAAGAGGAGUCUGAGAGUACAACAGCCAGUGGGGAGGGCACAGUCCUAAGGCAGGGGUGAGCUGGCUACAGAGAGACUGUCUAGAGAGCGGUUACAGAAGAGCAGAGAGUGACAGGGAGGAAGGUGGCCAGCUGGGCAGAGGUGAGCCCUGCAGGGCCUCUGGACCGGCUAAAAGUGCAGGGGUUUCUUCUAAAGUGUGACAUGAAGCUGCUAAAGCACAGAAGCAGAGGAGUGUGACUGAAUACAGUGAGCAACACUGAUCAUUACGACGUGGGAGCCAUUGUUCUUGGCACUUGAGAUGCAUCAGCUUUUAAAAAGUCCCUUUCCUCAAGGAGAUCUCAUUCUAAAAGGGAGAAAUCAGCCUUGUGAGUACGAAAUGUCCAAGCAUAGUGUGCUAGAAAAAGUAAUACGGGUGAUAGAAUCGCUUUUCUAAAUUAUCCGUUUGGAGAAAUGGAAGAGUUAGGACUCAGGGAAUCCAGAGCAAGGCUUUGGCAAGCCGAGUGAGAUGGGUGGUGGUGGUUCUGAGUGUUGUGAUAGCAGAAGAGAGAGAGGCUAACCAGUUUGGAACAGGCUUGAAGGGCAGAGUCAACAAGGUGUACUAGUUAGAAGGAAUGGAGUGGGUAGAAGGAAAGAAAUGGUGAUUCCUAGGUUUUGGCUUUGAUCAAGGAAGUGAAGAUGGAAGUUAGAGAUGAUGAAGGAGUAGAUUAGAAGGUACGGAUGGGAUAAGUCAGAGUUCCAUUCUGCUCAUGUUAAUGUGUAUGUUCUGUACAGCUAAGUGGAGAAAUCGAGAUAGUUAAUCGGCUGAAGCUGCUGCUGGUUUGGGAUUAAAAAGUACAUGUGGGCUUUUAAAGCCAUGGAGUGAGUGUGAAGAUCAAAACUAGUAGGGAGCCCACGUAGGCCCCUGUGGCAUCCCAACAUCUAAGUAGGCCAGGCAGGAAGAGUCAGCGAAAGAAUCAGAAACAGCAGCCAGUUAAGCAGAAACAAGCCCAAUAAAGUCAGGGCAUGGAACUGAAGGCCCUGGCAGGGGACUGGGGCUGGGUGCAUCCAGUGCUGCUGGGGUACCAUGGGCGCAGAAGCAGAGGAGGGGCUGAUGGAUGUGUCAGCAUGGAGGGGAUGGAAGAUGAGGUGGGGCGCGCAGGUCCAACUCAUCCCCAAAGCAAGAAGGGUGCUAAUAAUUAGCAGGUCUCCCAAUUGUUAGGCCCAGGUGGAGGGGCCCUGGGCUGUGUUGGAUUGUGCUCGGUGCACUGUGCUGUGUGCCAUGUGAGGACGAAUGUAUCCGUGGGGUGUAUCAACCAGGCUUUCUUGCCCUCUGACAUCUGACUGCGUUUAGGGAAGGGGUGGUACCUGUGCGAGGUAAGAGGGCAGGGGCAAGAGGAGGCCUGGUGUUUGUUCCCUUUCCCUCCUGGGCCGUGAGUUGGCUGGUGAUGCCCUCCCCGACCUGCACCACAGCUGCUGUUGCAGCCAUACUCUCUCCACUUGGAUGUUUCAUUGUCUUUCAGUUGCAAUGCUUAAUUUUUUUUUUUUUUUUUUAAGAUUCUUUGGUCCACAAAUAAUUUAGAAGUACAUUUUUAUGUGUUGAAAGUGUGUAGGCUUUCUAAAUUACCUUUGGUUUUUGAUCUUUAUUACAUUGUGGUCAGAGGUCAUUGGCUGCAUGACUGACAAGGUGAAAAUCACUCAGACACAGUUUUAAAAAAAAAAGCUUUGUCAGCUGCAACUUUAUUAUGCUUUUGUUCAAAGAGAAAGGUAGGUAGUUUUCGAAGCUCUGACCAAGCAAGAAAUCUUGCAAACAUCCGUACCUUCAGAAAACAUGUUUAUUCAAAUCUUCCCAGAGCAAUUAUUAUCAAGAAAGAAAAUCACCUAAUGGAAGACACUUUAAAGACCAAACGUUUUGUCAGAUUCUACAGAGCAGAAUAAUACUUGGGCUUGAGGCAUCUUGAAAGAUUCUUUUGUUACAAAUAACAUUUACAAAAAUGGUUUUUAUGGUCACAGGAAAAAACAGCAGUGAUUACAGGUAUAAGUUGCUGCAUGGCUCCAUGCCCGGAGCUGUGAUGCUCUUGUUAGUGCUCCUGGCUGGACGCCUUAUCAAGCAAGCAGCAGGAGAGAGAGCUGCUCCCUGCUUCUUUCUGAAACUCCUUUCACCAGCAACUGCUGUUUAGGAGAGCCAACAUCCCCGGGUCUAGUCCCAGGAAUUCUACGGGUCAGUGGUAGGAGAAAAGGGUAGGCCAGAAGCUUAACCAACUCAUGGGAGAAGGUGGAAGAAGUUUCAAAACAGAAAAUGUAAUGUUUUGCUUUGACAGCGAUACUGGUUGUUUUGUUUUUAUGUCUAGGUCAUUGUUCUAAGUGCUUCUGAGUGCUCAAGAAGAUGCCAUUUCUAUUGUUAAGUUCAAGGUCCUAUAUAUGCCCAUUAGAUGAAGUAUUUUGUUACUUAAAUGUCUGUAACUUUAUUAGAAUAACUUCAUUUCUUGUUCAUUUAAUGUCCUUAGUAAUUUUUUUACUUUAAUAUCAGUGAUUGAGAGAGAUAUGUUCAUAAAUCUGCUACUGUGAUUGUUUAAUUAUCAAAUUCUUUUUGUAACUGUCAGUGAAUGCAAUAGAACUUAGAAUUUUUAGUUUCCAAAUAGAUUGUCACUUCAGCCAGAAUGUAGUGUCCUUUUCUCCUCUAAUCUAAUACUACUUCUUUCAUUAAUUAAAGUAUAUUUUCUCUGCCA